CAAUUCAACUAGCUAGCUGAGUACUACUGAACAUUAUGGCAUCUUCAAAAAGUGUUUGCAUGGCGGCUUUCAUGCUUCUACUAAUUUCAUCAUCCCUUAUUAGCUCAGCCCUAAGUCGACCCCCUCCCACAUUAAAUGCCCAUCAUUUCAAUCUCCAUCCUUCAAGUAGUUUGGGUGAAGGAGUUGUUGAUACUAAAAGUGAUGAGCCUUUACAUUCCCCCCUAAAGGGUGGGGAAGGAAACAUGAAAGUAAAAAAUGAAGAUAUGGUUGGUAAUAGUGAUGAAGAUGGCGGCGGUGAUGAAGAUUUGGUUGGUAACAGUCAUGAAGAUGGCGGUGGUGAUGAUGAAGAUUUGGUUGGUAACAGUCAUAAAGAUGGCGGCGGUGAUGAAGAUUUGGUUGGUAACAGUCAUGAAGAUGGCGGUGGUGAUGAUGAAGAUUUGGUUGGUCACAGUGAUGAAGAUGGCAUUGGUAAUAGUGAUGAAGAUUUGGUUCGUAGAAGUGAUGAAGAUAUUAUUUAUGACAAUGACAAGGACGACGACAUAAAAAGCAGAUGAGUGUAACCAUGACACCUACCUUCAUCCCAUCAACAUGGGUUGGCUGCUAAAUGUCUCCAUUUUGGCUACCUCAAUUUAAGGAGUUUUACCAAUUUUCUUACCAAAAUAAUAUCCAUGACUAGUAGAUUGGAUACAAGGAUUAAUGGUAAUAUGUAUUUGUCCGCACUCAAAUCCUUAAUAAUAUAAUAAGUUAGAAUAAAAGUGUUUUUUACUUUCCUUU